AUGCCAGGACGGGUCCUGCCGACUUUCACACCUGCCGAGGUUGAAUCGCAUAACAACGCCAAAUCGUGCUACAUCACUCUUGGUCGCAACGUCUACGAUGUCACGGAAUUUGUGGAAGACCACCCAGGUGGUGGUGAUCUGAUUUUGGAUUACGCAGGAAGGGAUGUCGAGGAAAUCAUGAAGGACGAAAUUUCCCACGAGCACUCCGAAGCCGCCUACGAUAUCUUGACGGACUACCACAUUGGAUUUAUGUCGUCGGAUGCAUCCGGAAAGGCACAGACAUCUGGAGUUGAUACUGAGGAGGCAAUUUCUCAGCCCGUCUAUGAGAGCACCGGAAUGUCCCGGGAAGAGGAUCUGUCAAUCGAUACAGACUAUACUCAGGAUUACAAGACACACAAGUUCUUGGACCUCAACAAGCCACUGUUCGCGCAGCUUUGGUACAGCAAUUUCUCCAAGGAAUUUUACUUGGAGCAGAUCCACCGUCCUCGGCACUACAAGGGGGAGUCUCCGCCCCGCUCUUUGGGUCUGGGAGAUUAUGCUGUGGCUGCCGCAUACUGGAUUGGUGGUGUUUGUCUCUGGACGCUGAUCGAGUACCUCAUGCACCGCUUCCUGUUCCAUGUCGACAACUGGCUUCCUGACAACCGAGUUGGUCUGAGCCUGCACUUCCUCCUCCACGGAAUUCACCACUACCUGCCCAUGGACCGCUAUCGACUUGUCAUGCCCCCGACAUUGUUUGUGAUUCUGGCAGCUCCUUUCUGGAAACUGGCCCAUGCCGUCUUCUUCUACGACUGGUUUGCAGCUGUCCAGGUGUUCUGUGGUGGUGUCUUCGGCUACAUCUGUUAUGAUUUGACUCACUAUUUCCUCCACCACCGCAACCUCCCUCUGUACUACAAGGAGCUCAAGAAAUAUCACCUCCAGCACCACUACGCCGACUUCGAGAACGGAUUCGGUGUCACCAGCCGAUUCUGGGAUCGGGUGUUCGGUACGGAGUUGGAGACACCAGCUCCCAAGGGGGUGAAGGCUCAGUAA